AUGCCGAGGGAGCUAUCUGCCAACCCCAUGUGGCAGCAAGUCACAAUCUGGGUAACUGGCAAUGAGGACGAGACUGUGGGUGCAGUGCAUAUCCCCAUACAAGGCCCCGGAGCUGCAAAUGGCUUACUAACUUCCUCUCCCAGACCACUCAUCUCCCUGGAAGGAGCCCCCGCUUGCUGGCAGUCUGUGGCACUGCUGUGUACCGCGGCGGCCAGGUCUGGAGGUAACUGGCAAUACUGGUAUGCGAAGUCCCAGCACUGGGCCAAGAAACCCCCUGGGCCUGCAGGCAAGGGCCCGGGCGGCGCGGACGACGAGGGCCCAGUGAGGUGCAAAGGGAAGGUCACGGUCAAGUACGACCGCAAGGAGCUACGGAAUCGCCUCAACCUAGAGGAGUGGAUCCUGGAGCAGCUCACUCGCCUCUACGACUGCCAGGAAGAGGAGAUCCCGGAGUUGGAGAUUGAUGUGGACGAACUCCUGGACAUGGAGAGUGAUGAUACCCAGGCUGCCAGGGUCAAGGAGCUGCUGGUUGACUGUUACAAACCCACUGAGGCCUUCAUCUCUGGCCUGCUGGACAAGAUCCAGGGCAUGCAGAAGUUGAGCACACCUCAGAAGAAGUAAGGGUCCUGGACCCAGGUGAACGGUAGCUCCCACAGGACAAUCGCUGCCUCCCGACCUCGUAGCAACAG